GCGUCGGGAGGCAGCCCGCUGGUCCUGAAGCUGACGAGGAGGAUGAUGAUGAUGAUGGCGGUGAUGGAGGAGCAACGCUGAGUUCGCUCUCCCAGUUUUCUCUCCCCUUUUUUCCAUUCAUUCUUUUGAUUAUUAAAAGACAACACAACAUAGUGAUACAAAAGCGACACGCCGAUUUGACCUGAUACCUCUCUCCACCUCCCUCCCGUCUCCUGAGCCGAGACCGAGAUGGGGAACGAAGCGAGCAUGGAGGGCGGCGGGCAGCCCGGUGAGCCGGGAACCACCGGGAUGAUGGGGUCGGUGAUGCCCGGCGGACCCGCAACGGGACCGGGAGCAGGACAGCACAUGAAGCCGGUCAACGGAACCGCUGCCGGGGGAGGAAUGGGAGUCGGAGGGCCCGGGAUGGGAAUGACGAGGGGUCCGAUGGGUCCAAUGGGUAGCCCCAAGCCUGGCAUGCAACAAGGAGGCCAUGGAGUUGGAAUGGGAGGAAUAGGAGGAGGUGGAAUGGGGGGAAUAGGAGGCAGUGGAAUGGGAGGAAUAGGAGGAGGUGGUAUGGGAGGAAUAGGAGGAGGGAUGGGAGGAAUAGGAGGAGGAGGGAUUGGGGGAAUGGGUGGAGGCGGAAUAGGAGCAGGCAUGGGCACUGGUGGAGGAAUAGGGUCCAGAGCUGCCGAGCCCUACCGCCUGGCCACUCACGAGAGUCCAGUUUCCCCCCGACACAUGCAGUCCAGCCAGGGGCACGGCAUGGGGCAGGGCCCAGGGUCUGGACACGGGAUGGGUCACGGUCCAGCCGUGUCCAGCAUGGGAGGCCAUGGAGGUCCUGGUCAGCACGCCUCCCGUCGAAACCUCCAAGUUGACUUCAGUGGUUCGGGAGGCUCCAGGACAGGCCGUUCUCCUUCUGUGUCUCCUGACCGCGGCGUGACACCCACCUCACCCUACUCGGUGCCGCAGAUCGCACCAAUGCCGAGCAGCAAAGUGUGCCCAGUGUGUACCACCACAGAGCUGUCCAACCCACCGGCUGUACCCAACUACAACACCUGCACCCAGUGUAAGGCCACCGUCUGUAACCAGUGCGGAUUCAACCCCAACCCUCACCUCACUGAGGUCCAGGAGUGGCUAUGUCUGAAUUGUCAGAUGCAGAGAGCUCUUGGCAUUGAUAUGACCACGCCUCGCUCUAAGAGCCAACAGCAGAUUCACUCUCCGUCCCACCAAGCCAAACCCAUCGUCCAGCCUCAGCAGCCUGCACCUCAGCCAACACAGCCAACACAACCGGCAGCAGCAGCACAGCCCAAACCUUUGGCGCAGAGUCAGCCAACCCAGCGGCAGCAGCAGCAGCAGCAGAAGCAGCAGCAGCAGCAGCCUCAGUCUCAGCCCUAUGGCCAGACUCCACCCUACUCCCAGUCUCAAUCCUACGGCCAGACUCCACCUUACUCCCAGUCUCAACCCUACUCCCAGUCGCAACCCUACUCCCAGUCGCAACCCUACUCCCAGUCUCAGCUCCAGUCGUAUCCUGCGUCCCAGCAAGGGCCCCAGAGUCAGCCUCAUACCUCCCCAGGCUUGCAGAGACACCCAGGUCCUGGCGGCCCCCAGACUCAGACGGGGCCCUUUCAGCAGGGCAUGAGGUCCGACCCGUACUCCCAGAGAGGUCCCGGAGCUCCAGGAGCUGUUGGAGGUCCUGUAGGAGGCCCCAACCAGCCUGGUGGUCCACGGAUUCCCCAUCCUGGUGCUGUGCCCCUCCCUGGCUUGACCAAGGCUCCCUCCCAGCCUGAUUUGGGUCGCGGUUCUCCAAUGCACCAGUCUAUGGCGCGGCACCAUGACCAGACCAGAAGUGCUGGCUCCUCCCCGGCCCACAGACCUCAGAGUCAGGCCCCUCCACCUGCCCAGGACGGCCUGACCAAACUGUUUGGCUUUGGGGCAUCGCUGCUCAAUCAGGCUAGUACCCUGAUAAAUGUUGACCCUCUACCCACUGCCUCCACCCAGCCAAGCCCUGCACGAGGCAAGGUAGUGUUCAGUAAUGUAACCCCUGACAACAGGCAGCAACAACAAGGGGCCCCUGGCACCAAACCAUUCAGUAUGGGGGGCCCUCACGCUCCAACUCAAAUGGGGGGUCCUCAUGCUCCAACUCAAAUGGGGGGUCGUCAUGCGCCGAGUCAAAUGGGGGGUCCUCAUGCACCGAGUCAAAUGGGGGGUCCUCAUGCGCCGAGUCAAAUGGGGGGUCCUCAUGCGCCGAGUCAAAUUGGAGGCCCUUAUCCACCAAGCCAAAUGGGGGGUCCUCACGUGCCGAGUCAAAUGGGGGGUCCUCACGCGCCGAGUCAAAUGGGAGGCCCUCAUGCACCAAGCCAAAUGGGAGGGCCUUAUCCACCGAGCCAAAUGGGGGGUCCUCACGCGCCGAGCCAAAUGGGAGGUCCCCAAAUGGGUGGGCAGAAGCAGCAGACCACGCCCCAGCAACAAGGAAUGCCCCAGCAGCAGUCACCCGCGCAUCAUCAAAAAGGGCUGCAAGGACAACAGCAUCAGCAAAGCCCUGCUCAUCUGCAGAAAGUGCCCGUGGUGGCUCCUGUACCUGCUCCAGAGCCUGUGAAGCCUAAAGUGAACUGUCCUCUUUGUAAAACGGAGCUGAACAUCGGCAGCACCGACCCGCCCAACUACAACACCUGUACGCAGUGUCACAGCCAAGUGUGUAACCUGUGUGGCUUCAACCCCACGCCACAUCUGGUGGAGAAAAAGGAGUGGUUAUGUCUCAAUUGCCAGACCCAGCGACUGAUGUCAGGAGGUGGUCUCGACGAUCCUCCGCUUCCUGUUCCUCAUCCGUCCCCCAAGCACCAGCCAAUGGGCUCGCCACGUCACCAGGCACCAACCAGUCAGCAAAGCCCCCUCCACAAACCCACCACUCAGCAGGGUCCCAAGCCAGUCCAGUCCCAGACGCAGAAACCACAUGCUGGAACUGUCGGUACCGGACCGUUUGCGCCCACUGCUGCCAAACAGCCAACCGACACCAAGACCACAACACCAGCUACGGCUCCAGUACCAACCACAGAAACCCAGAAACAGCCGAAACCCACAGAGGAGAAACCCAAGACCGAGCCUGAGAACCAAACUGCCAAAGAGACCAAACCCUCCCAGAAGAAAGGAGAGCAGAUCACACCGAUCAAGGAUAUUAAGAAGUCCAGGCACUAUGAUGAUACAAAAAACAACAGCACCCAUGACUUGUCACGCAGCCCUCAGAGCCUCAGUGACACUGGCUACUCCUCUGAUGGCAUCUCCAGCUCCCACAGUGAAAUCACAGGUCUAAUCCAAGAAGAGGAGAUGAAGCUGAGUGAAAGGGGGAUCAGUGGGAGGGGCUCCCCCCUAAGCCCUUCUGAAAUCACCAAGUUAGAAAGCUCCAUGAGGCCUUUGCUGGAGAAGAGUCUUUCUGAAGAGAAGGUGGACAGAAGGGGAAGGAAGCACAGAGACAGAGACUUGGAUGACAGAGGAAAGCAGCGCCCACGCUCCCUGUCAAUCCCACCAGAUGCAUACGACUCUGAUGAGGAACUAGAGGAUAUACUGGAGGAAGAGGAGGAUGUAGGGGACUGGGAGGGUAAACGGAAGGAAGUGAAGGAAGAGAAGAAGGAGAAGAAAAAGAAGGAAAAAGAUGCAGAGCCCACAGAGAUGACAGAUGAGGAGUAUAUGAGAAGACAAAUAAUGGAGAUGAGCGCUGAUGAAGAAAAUGAGGAGGAGGAGGAGGAAGAGAUGGAGGAAGAGGAAGAUGAGGAAGAUGAAGGAUAUGGCUACCAGAAACCCAAGAAAAGCCACCAUAAGCUCUCUGACUCAGGGAAAGAGAAGCGACGUCUUCAGCACCACUCCAGCAGUUUUGAGGAGGAAACUAAGAGCUCAACCGAUGUUUAUAAAGGCUCAGUGGAGGAGGGUGAGGAAGAUGUGAUGGCCUCACAAGGAGGCCUGAGGCGCUUCAAAACUAUUGAACUCAAUAACACCAAUAGCUAUAGCCGAGACAUGGAACUGAGCAAUGAAAAUGACUUGAGCCUUGACCGGGAACCAGAGCUAGAGAUGGAGAGCUUGACAGGGUCUCCUGAGGAGCGUUCUCGGGGUGACUACUCCUCCACUCUGCCAGCCACUUCAUCCUCAUAUGGCUCAGGCCAAUCUCCUACAUCCAUCUCAUCAAUGGAGGAGGACAGUGACAGUAGCCCCAGCAGGAGACAAAGGCUGGAAGAGGCCAAACAGCAGAGGAAAGCACGGCACCGCUCCCACGGCCCUCUCCUUCCCACCAUUGAAGACUCUUCAGAAGAAGAUGAGCUGAGAGAGGAAGAGGAACUUCUGAGAGAACAGGAGAAGAUGAGGGAGGUGGAACAACAGAGAAUAAGGAGCACAGCACGGAAGACUAAGAGGGAUAAGGAGGAGCUGAGGGCUCAGAGGCGCAGAGAGCGGUCCAAGACACCACCUAGCAAUCUCUCACCUAUUGAAGAUGCUUCUCCAACAGAAGAGCUGAGACAAGCUGCAGAAAUGGAAGAGCUCCAUCGUUCUUCUGCUUCUGAAUAUUCUCCUCAGAGUCUUGACUCAGAGGCAGAGGGAUACGAGUCCAAACUUUACAAGUCAGGCAGCGAGUACAACCUGCCUACCUUUAUGUCUCUCUACUCACCAGUAGAGAAAUCAUCAACUACAACAACCACAACAGCUCCAUCUUCAACUUCCAAACCACUGAAGAGUGCUGAGGAGGUUUAUGAGGAGAUGAUGAGGAAGGCAGAGAUGCUUCAAAAACAACAGAAACAACAGCAGCAACAGCAGCAACAACAUGGAAGACAUGGCCAGUACUACGAGGAGGACGUUAAUGGACAAGGUUAUGAUGAUGAAUAUGAAUAUGAACAAGAUCAAACAGGAUAUGACAAUGAAGCAGUAGAGACAGAAACUGAUAUUUAUGAGGAGAUCCGACAAACAUCUCAGAACAUCACUAAGAUGCAGCAGGCCACUGAUGAGCAAGUAGAGAUUGAGAUUGAGAGCUCCUACCCAGACAAACAGCUCCUAGACACAGGCUCCGCCUUUGCUAAACUACUGGAGCAAAGCAAUGCUCUCCUUACUCCAGGGACCAGCCCCACCCAGAUCUCAGCUCCUGUCUCCUUUGCUGAGACUGGAGGACGGAUUCCUGAUGUCCGAGUAACACAGCACUUUUCUGCAAAGGAUGGACACAAAGACAGGAUCAAAAGCCAAGCAGGAAAGAAUGGAAUAACUCCAGCAGUGGCUGCCACCACUAUUGCAGCUUAUGGAGUUUAUGCCAGAGAUGCAGUGACUAUUUCUCAGACUAGUACAAGCCAUACCGUGACGUCUACUCAGGCUGUUAUAUAUGGCCGACACACAGGAAGUCCUGCUACAUCCUCAGCUACAGUUUCAAGUGUAUGCAGCAAGAUUGCAGAGAUUACUCAGGCCUACAGUCAAAGGGAAGUGAUCACCAGAAGGGUAGGGGAGACUAGGGGUGUCCAAGUGAGAGACAGUUCAACAUCUUCUACUGAGAGAAUUAUUGAGCCACGUUCUCCCAAGUAUACUACUUAUUACAGGAGCACCAGUCCUCCUCUUUCUCCAUCGCCACCAACACAGAGUCCCACUCGUUCACCUUCCAGAAGAGCUACAGCUGAGUUCUCUACACAGACUUUCAGUUCAGCAUUACGAAUGGAGUCAGCUGGCUCUGGGCCUUCAUCUCCAGUGAUGGCUCAGGGAACCCAAACAUCACAGCGAUCAGUUUCCCCACGUCUCUAUCGACAGCAGUCUUCCCAGGAUGCCCCAUACUCCCCACCCCCAAGCCCAGCUAGACCAACGACAGUCAAUACUGCUACUUCUCCCCUGUCUUCGCCUACCCGAUUUAGUCGCCAAUCAACUUUUGAUGCUUACUCCCCAUGUGGCAGCCCUCCAGACACUCCACCUUACCAACAGUCUCCCACACACAGCUUCUACCGAACACAAAGAGUGGAGAAGGUAAAUGUGGGAACAAGUAUGGUCACCACAGUCAGCACUUACACCAGAGGGUCCAUGUCAAUGGACAACAUCUCGCUUUGUCGGAUAUCUACAGUCCCAGGUACUUCUAGAGUAGAGCAGGGCCAUAUGAUCCAAGGUGGAAGUGUUGUUGACCUCAGAACAGCCACCAAACCAGCUCCUAUUAUCAUGACUGACCAGGGAAUGGAUCUCACCUCCUUGGCCACUGAAAGCAGGAAAUACCAUGGUGGAUCAGAGGGUAGCAGACAUUCAACGAUUGUACAGCCACUGAUUAUGAACCUAAACACCCAGGAGACCACCACACCAACCACUGUGAGUGUCACUGUGGCUGCUUCCAUGUUCAUGACCCAGCCCAAACAGCCAACAGUCUAUGGUGAUCCCCAUCAAAAUCGAGUGGAUCUGGGUCAGGGCAUGGGUUCAGCCGUGUGUCUUUCCCAGAACAAACCAAUUUCACCUCCAACUGACCCAUCAAUACCAAAAAUUGAUGCCAAACUUGAAGAUCUCAGUGUCCAACAGAGAGAGCUACAAAAACAACAAGAGAAGCUGCAGAAGCAACAAGAGCUCCUUGAACAGCAGUUGCACCAACAUCAUCAGAUGCAACACCAGCAGCAACAGGCAUCUGCUUUGGCCAGGUACAGUCUUACUGGUCAAAUCUCACCUUUACUGAAAAAAGACUUGCUAGUCAGCCAGACUAGCACUGCCUCAGCUGUGGUCAGUGCUGUAUCACCAGUCAUUAACCCUGAGAUGUAUGGCACUGGUCCCAUUGAGCUGAAAGGAAAACCAAGUCCUCCUGGUUUGAUGUCAGGCGGUAAAUCACCACAUAGCAUGGUAGUACAGAUGGAUGGAGGGCUAGAGCAGGCCAGGGCAGUGACUCAGCUGGUAAAGGUAGAAGAAGGACAGGAUGCUAUGGAUCUAACAGGAGGCCAAAUUAAACCUGACAACCAACCUGCAUGCUGCGACGUUGUUUACCGACUUCCAUUUGGCGGAAGCUGUGUUGGUGGUUCUGAGAAAGAGGGCAUAAGACCUCCAUCUGCCCCACCUCUCACCUACGAGUCUGACCAAGAAAGACAACCUGGAAGUUACCAGGAUUAUUCAAUAGAUGGUCGUAAGGCCUACACAUUACCUUUUCCUGGUAGGCUUCAGCCUUCAAUGUCGGAUACAAACCUAGCUGAUGCUGGGUUACAGUCCUAUCAUUCUAAACUAGAACCACAGCUUCAACCUUCGGGAGAACUUGCUGUAGAUCUAACGGCUAUGAAACAGGGCUAUGGAGGAUAUAUGGGGAUGCAGUAUGGCUCCUACACAGAUUUACGGCAUGGAGGAGACAUCACAGUCCAAACACUGCCUAUAAGGAGAUAUAAUUCAUUGUCUAACAUCAGUUCAGACUAUGGCUACUCUGCUCGUGACAUUGCUAACUUUCAAGAAGCUAACUUGGCUCAGUACAGUGCUACAACUGCCAGGGAAAUCAGCCGAAUGUGUGCAGCACUCAAUUCCAUCGAUCGUUAUAGCAGCAACCCAGAUUUGAUGCAGUUUAGCAGUUUGGGGAGAGGAACCGGGCCUGGGACCUCCAGACUUGCAGCAGGUCUCGGCUUGAGACAAAACCUCCUCUUUGGACUAGAUGGGAAGCCAAUUUCCCACAGUCAGGCGCUAACCAACCUUAUCAAUGCCAGACAGGCCAGUCUCAGAGCCAUGUACCCUGCUGCUAUAAGGUCCGCUGAUGGGAUGAUCUACUCCACCAUUCAGACCCCUAUUGCUUCGACACUUCCCAUCACAACACAGCCUGCCUCUGUUCUACGCCCUCUACUGAGGGGGGUCUACAGACCAUAUCCUUCUGCCAACAUGACACCUGUGCCCCUAUCUAGUCUUACCAGACUACCAAUGAGUCCCAGAAUGCCCCUAUCUGGACCAGCUCCAGUCCGUUACACAGCACCAGGUCUUCUCCAAACAACUUCAACUACUGCCACUACUGCUGCUGCUUUAACAACUUCAGCACCAGCAGUUGCCCCAGUGUCUGUUUCCAUGACAACUACUAUCUCUACAGUCCAAGAUGAACCGGUUUACCUGGGUAAAGGUGCCUCAUCAGUAGAGGUCACGUCAGUACAAGGAACAGUUGCCAUACCAAUGGAGCCACAGCAGCAGCCAAUAAACCUGUCCCAAGCACACCUAAACAGUCAGCAACAGCAGCAACAGGUGACAACUGCUCAGCAACCACAACAGCCUCCUCCAGCAGCCCAUGCCUACCCACCCUCAGCUCCUUCACACACUCACGGCUACACCCAACCUGCAGUGGGCCCCUCUGCCCCCCCCAGUGGCUUACCCAUUCCAGGGGGACUUCCUCCCUUCCCUCCACCAGGUGCCAUACAUAAAGAGGGUGAAACCGAGGCAGAGAGGCUGCACCGGCAGCAAGAACAGCUCCUGCAGAUGGAGAGGGAGCGGGUGGAGUUAGAGAAACUCCGGCAACUACGCCUGCAGGAGGAGCUGGAGCGUGAAAGGAUAGAGCUAAAGCUGCACAGGGAGAAAGAGCAGAUGCUGGUGCAGAGAGAGUUACAGGAACUGCAGAACAUCAAGGAACAGGUUCUACAGCAGCAGCAACAUGAACGUGAGAAACAACUUGUUCUCCAGAGGGAGCAGCUAGCCCAACAGAAGUCCCAGCUAGACCAGAUCCAGUCUUUACAGCACCAGCUCCAGCAGCAGCUUGUAGAGCAGAAGAGACAGAAAACAGCAUCUCAUAGCGUGCAGCUCGAUGUAAACGGACAACCCCUGCACCCCUAUACUGAUUCUCAGAUUGGCUCCCGUUCCCUCCCCAACUCCUCGUCCGAAAUGUGUCUGAGGAGCCAGGAGGAGCACAUGGAGACCAGGAACAACAUGAGGAAACACAGCUCCAUGACCAGGCUGAGUAGGGACAGCUUGGAUGGAGAUGGCGUUGUGUUUUAUGGCUCCCCCCGCAGGAUCGUGGACAGUUGUGUGCAGACAGAUGAUGAAGAUGGGGAGGAAAGGUACAUGAUGCGUCAUCGCACCAGAAGGCGUGGACGCAGUGUUGACUGCUCCGUCCAGACAGACGAUGACGAGGACAAGGCUGAGAUGGAGCAGCCAGUCCGACGAAGACGUUCACGUUUUUCCCGGCACUCUGAGUCCAAUUCCACUGGCACUGGCACUGCAGCCACGACCACCGCAUCUACUGACACCAAAACCGACACUCCCAAGAUGGUAUCCUCCAGCAUUGCCAUCCAGACCAUCAGGGAAAUGUCUUGCCAGACAGAAGUGGAGCACCUAGGAAGAGUCUCCCCAGCAAUCCACGUGACAGUACCAGACCCAAAUAAAGUAGAGAUUGUGCAUUACAUCUCUGGACCUGAGCGGACCCAAAAAGGACAGUCUCUAGCAUGCCAGACUGACCCGGAAGCCCAGUCACAGGGUGUUGUAGCUCCCCAGCUCAGUGUACCAACCACAGUCAGUCCAUAUUCUUCUUCUACCAGUACUGGAACACAACAAUCUGGUUCUGUCGACCUUCUGACCCAGCAGCGCCAGCAGCAGCAUAUUGCAGCAAACGCAGCCAAGUUUGAACGACGACGCCCCGACCCCCUCGACAUCAACUACCAGCCUCACAACCACCUCCACAACGAGUCCAUCUCCAGCAUUAUCCGGCAGCAGCAGACAGCCCCCAAAUCCCCACAAGUCCUCUACUCUCCUGUGUCCCCGGUGUCCCCUCACCGCCUGCUGGAGAGUUCUCUGUCCAGUGAAAGGCUGAACAAGGCCCAUGUCACACCUCAGCAGAAGUCCUACACAGCCGAGUCCCCCCAGCGACACCCCUCUGUGCCCCGACCCAUCAAGAGCACGCAAAGAUCCAUGUCAGACCCCAAGCCCCUCAGCCCCACAACAGAUGAGCAUACCAAGGCCAGGCUGUCCCUCUAUCAACAACAAGCACUGCAGAGCCAGCUGGCAGCCCUACAGCAGAGCUCACUGCUCCGUAAGGUCAAGCGAACCCUGCCUAGCCCUCCUCCGGACGAGACUACCACAUCAGCUCACCUGCCCAUGAUGACACCUGCCCUCCAACAGGUCUACCUGCCCUCCGUGCCCAGCCUCAAGCCCAGCUCCAGGUCUGGCCUGGCUGCCAAAGCCAGCCUCCUCAAAGACCUCACCCACGAGCUGAAGGCCGUGGAGCAAGAGUCGACUAAGCUGAGAAAGCAGCAAGCUGAACUGGAGGAGGAAGAGAAAGAGAUUGAUGCUAAACUUAGAUACCUAGAGUUGGGGAUCCAUCAAAGGAAAGAGACACUGGUCAAGGAGAGAGAGAGGAGGGAUAUUGCCUACCUGAGGUGUAUGGGAGACACUAGGGACUACAUGUCUGAUAGUGAGUUAAAUAACCUACGAUUAGCAGCUGCAGCUGCAUCACAUGAGACCAAUGGGCUAUUGUCAACAAGGCCAAGCACCGCCCCUCUCAGCCAGUUCACCAGUGAUCUCAACACAGCAGCCCAGUACCCACCCACUUCAUCCUUCCUCCCCUGUCAGUACCCCCAGAGCCAACCGGCAGCACCAACUCAGCAAUCAAGUCUGCCAUACCAGUCUUCGACAUUCAACCAGCCUCCCUAUCCAACAGUGUCUCAGUCCCAGGCACUGCCACAGCCCACACCCCUCCAGAGCCAUGUCCCCCCUCCUGGACCUUCUUAUCAAUCUCAAACCUCCUACCCUUCCCACUCCUACCCCCAAACUCAGCCCCCAUACCCCCAGACAGACAUGGGGUUACCAGCUGCACCUCAGCCUCAGCCCCAGCCAGGGCAUACAGGAUUCGGGCCUGCACCGCCUGGUCAGCCCCCAUACCCCACCCACAGCUCACCCUAUCCCAGCGCUGUGUCCUCCUACCCCAGCCAGACCACCCCAUACCCUGGGCAGCCUCAAGUAGAUAUCCUGACAGUCCACCCAGGAAGACCAAGGCAGACUUCGCUAGCUGAUCUGGAACACAAGAUGCCCACCAACUAUGAGACGAUCAGCAACCCCACAGUUGUGGUCACCACCACAGCCCAGGAUGCUGCCUAUUCCAGUGCAGCCCCCUCUUAUGGUCAGUACACUGGGUCGACAACCAUGGCCAGCUCCUAUGGGCCUUAUGGCUCAGCACCAGUGUCCAGCAGCUAUGGUGGGUACUCUACCAUGCCACCCAGCACUUAUGGCCAGUAUACUUCAACCUCAGCUAGUUCAUAUGGCCAGUACACCACAACCACUGCUAAUACUUAUGGCUACACCGCCACCACAGCCAGCUCUUAUGGACAGUACACUUCUACAGUUUCCAAUGCCUAUGGGCACUCUGUAGACAGUCCCUCCACCUACAGCACUGCAGAUGGGAUGUAUGGGGCUCCUGGUUUAGAGCAAAACAUCCCAAGGAACUACAUGAUGAUUGACGAUGUAAGUGAGCUGACGGCAAAAGACGGGCUGGGCACGACAACAGGGGACAUGAUGCAUCAUGGCGGCAGUGGGCGUUACCCGGGUGACCUCCACGGCCACAGCAGCACCAUUGGCAGCACGACGCGUGGGGGAACUGGCAGCUCCUCGUACGGCAGGGCACCUGAAGAGGAAGCAGCGAUGCAGGAAGAGCUGUACGACCACCACGGCAGGGGUAAGAGCAGCUACAGGCACGGACCUCUAGGGGGCAGCAGCAGCAGCGUGAGCGCUAGCAUGGGUGGGGGAUCCCCCUAUUACUAUGACUACGACUACAAACAUGGCAGCAUCCGCUCCGGGGUACAGAAACCUUCGUUGUCCUCCAGAAGCCUUCUGGCUCCUGCUGUCAUGUCCUCCAAGCGCAGCAAGCACAGGAAACUGGGGAGUAUGGAGCAAAAAAUCUCCAAGUUUUCCCCCAUCGAGGAGGCUCGGGAUGUGGAGGCAGACCUGGCCUCCUAUUCCUCAGCGACAGGUGGGGCUUACUCCUCCUCUCACAUUCGAGGGCGCCAGCUGAUCGAGGAUUACGGCUUUAAGAGGAGUGCUUAUGACGCCGGCAGUGGCACAACUCAAGGUAGUCGAUACUACGGUUCUACAGAAGGGGAGGACGAUCGGAUCUAUUACACCUCCACCGGCCGUUCCCGUUCCACCGGCUAUGGCAUGGACAAGAUCUCAGCCAGGGACUACCCUGGGUAUCGCAGCCGAUCCUAUGAGAGGGACGACCGUUCCUACCGAUCUGGAUACAGCAGGGGGCGCCACCCAACCCGGCAGUACUCUGAAGAGGAGAGCCCACUCAGCCCCCUGGGGAGAUUCAUGGGUUCUGGGCGAUCAUCAAGCUUAGGUCCAGACCCAUACGACAGUCGCAGCAGUAGAUAUCAGUACUAUUAUGGCCAAUAUGGUUCCAGCCACUCGCUGCCAGAUGUACAAGACCACAUACGGGACCUUCCCCGGACACAUGUCUACAAAUCGGAUGAUACAUACAUAAUAGACGAUUAUCAUUGCGCUGUGUCAGACAGCGAAGCCUACCAUCUGGGCCAAGAAGAAACUGACUGGUUUGAGAAGCCCCGUUCCAGUUCUCGACACUACGGCAGCCACUCGACUGGAAGGAGCCGGCACGGCGUUAAACACACCUACCAUGAUUAUGAUGAGCCUCCUGAGGAGGACCUGUGGCCCCAGGAUGAGUACGGCCAAGGAGGGCGACACUCUUCAUCCCGCGACCACCGGCAUCAUGGCAGCUCUAGCCGGCAUUCAUCCGCGUCACGUCAUUCAGAUGAGCCAAGGGCCUCAAGGUCAUCUAAGGGGCACCCCAAAGACCCGUCAAUGCGCCAUGACCCUUCAGGACGAUCCUCAUCCUCAGGAAGGCGUGGCGAUUCAAGGUCUGGAGGAUACCACUCUUCAGACUACUCCCGGGAUCCGUCUGGGCACCACCAUGGCCAGCGCUCCUCCAGACAGGGGGACCCACACCGUUCUUCACGCAGCAAGUCCCAGCAGCCAGUGGACAUGCAGAGCCAACCCCCAGGCUCCUCUAGGUCUGGCAGCAGCUCUGCCCGUGCUCAGGGCCCCACUGGUGGGCCUACAGGAUCAGGGAGACAGAGUGGUCCAGGUGCCCAGACAGACGGGGCUCCAGGACAGAGGACCCAGCUCCAGCAACAAGCCCAGACAUCAGCCGCCAGGCCUGGGCAGCCCGGUGCCACAGCGGUCACCGGCCCUCAGCAGCAGCCCCCAGUCCAGGGCCAAGGCAUGGGCAUGGGGAUGGGCAUGGGCAUGGGGCAGGGGCAGGGGCAGGCCAAGCCAGGGCAGAUGGGACCAGCAGGUGGACCCAUGGGGCAGGCCAGGCAGACAGGUCCAACAGGAACCACGCCACCCACCAUGGCCAAGAUAGACACACCUCCAGCAACAGCUAUUGGAGCAAAGGCAGCGCCCGUCAUGGCCACAAAAGCCGCCCAACCCCCACUUACAGGCAUAGGCUCCAAGGCAGCUCCUAGGCCAGGAGGUAUUGGAAGUGCAGCCGCAGGUCAGCCUGGCAUGGAUGGAGAAGGCAUGUUGUCCAAGAUCCUGCCUGGAGGAGCUGCAGAGCAGGCCGGCAAACUGGGAGAUGCUAUCUCUGGUUUUGGCAAGAAGUUCACCUCUUUGUUCUGAGGUGCUAAGAUUAUGGACUAUGUAAAUGUCAAAUGACGAAGUUACGAGGCCUCGUACCAGAAAAACCUGUGAAGUUCCCCCUGCUUUUGUUUUACUAAGAGAGAGAGAGAGAGGAAGGAGAGAGAGAGGGGAACAGAGAGGAGAGCUGAGCAUACUGCCAACUAGGACUGGAAUCCUCCGGAUACUUCAUGUCUCAGGCCUGAGCACACACUGGCAGAGAGAACACGCUGCUCUCUCUGGCAGGCCAGACAAUCAUUCCAAGCCUACAUCCAUCUUCAGGACUAUCCCCAAUCCAGUGUCCCCAGCCAAAGAUUUAGACUCCACCAAACUACAAACCUGUAGCAGUUUAACACAUCUCCGUCCUUUCCUUACAAAAGAGAAACUGGCAGCCAAAAAUUACUGCAAAAUUAAAAGAAACAGGUUUUUGUUUUUGCUGCUCUUCCAUGCCAGUAGAGGGAUCUCUACUUACAUCGCCAGAGAUCUACACAGCCGUUGAAGUCUAGUUGAACCAAUGGAAGCCGUCUACCACCUCAGCCCUCCAUGUGGAUUUAACAAUGAAGCUUCAAUGGAAGGAAAUAAAAGAGUGGUGUAAUUCUACUCCUAUAUACUGACGACUUAACCGUUUAUAUGAGAGCGGCUUUUUCCUACUAACAGGAAAUGGUCGCUUUACCAUGGCAUGGUGGCAUGCUAGGAUCCUUGGUUUCACAGUCCUGUGCUCAAACAAGGAGUAACAGCAAGAAACCAGCCUCUCUCCUCUUUUCUAUCUCUUCUCAAAGUAAAAAAAAAAAUGGGGAAAAUGGAAUAGAACUUGCUGAAGCAUUGCAGGCUUUUCUGGUACUAAAGACCUCUAGUUACAUCACCCUUCGGGAGGGAAAUUAAUGGAAAUGUCACAAUGAAUGAUUAAGACAAUAAAAAUAACAUAGCCGACACACAGAGAACGAGUGUGUCGGUGUGUGUGUUUUUUUUUUUUUUCCACGAUUUGCUCUGUUUCUAUCUACAUUCCAGAUUGGAACUGUUAAAACCUUUUGCUCCCCUCUUCCUCACUUCUCUGCGUUUCUUGAAUGCUGAUUCUUCUUUCUUUCUAAUCCCCGCCCAACGAUCCUCAACUUGCCAUGUCUUUGAAGAAGAAGUGUAUAGUGGAUUAAAAAAAAAAAAGUAGGAAUUUGGAAUGCAUGGAACUUUAUAUCCAAGACCUUACACUGUUCAUCAUUACUUAACAGAGGCCAUAAAGACACUGGGAAACACAUCUUUGCUAGACGACGUAAAUAAUAACAAAGAAGAGAGAUUUCCGGAGCAACACACAGGAAUCGGGCCACGGGAAGAAAGGGAGCCUUUUGUGUUUUAUAAGGGGAAAAAAAAAUCAGUUGGUGUUCGGAGUGAAAGCCGUAUGUGGUUGGGUUGUUUUUCAGCCAUUACAAAGCCAUUAAGACAACAUUUACCUGCAGUGCUUGUGGUGAUGGGGUUUCUCCAACUGCUCCAUAACAUUUGGCUUUCAGAUAUUUCUCAUGUUGUUAUAGGUGGUUCAUUUCUUGUGUUUUCAUUUUUUCUAAUUUAGUUUUAUUUGCCUGGUUUUUAUGUUGCAGGUUACCAAUAUCGCCUUAAUCAUUUUUAAAUAUUUUGUUUUGAUGUAAAAGUGACAUAUUUUUUAUUACACCCUGUAAACACAUAUUUUCAUCACACCCUUUUUUAUGUAGUUAUAUCAGCUGGAACACUGGCCACAGUGAGAUUAAUUUAUAUUUUUUAAAUUAACUUUGUUUUUGAUAGUUGUUUGUGAUAUUAUUUUUCUUUUAUUUAUGUUUUGUAAUGUUUGUUACCUUCAUCGAGCCCCUUGUCAAUUUUCUGACUCUUAUUUAUUAUCAAUACUUAUAAAAGCAAUAGAGUAAGAGGUAAGAAAGUAAAGAGCACAAUCUUGUGUCAUUUUAAAAGUUGGUGGAACAGAAACGUGUUGCCUCCGUCUGUUUAACUUACCACUGAUGUACCGCUCAAGUCUGACUUAAACGUACCACAAAAUGUACUCCAAUGUUGUACUACUGCUGUACUAAUACAUCAGAGAGCAGGAGCUCACAUAUAAACAAGAGUUUGAUACCACCCAGAUCUUCUCCUCCAACCAACAGUGAGACAUCAUGUCUUCAAUCAGCCAGUCAGUGGAUCGGAGUGAUACGCUGCUUGUAUUAGCCAGCUGGAGUCUGAUCUGAAAGCACUGCAGGGCAGCAGAGAGGCACUGAAAAGCAGACCAGUCACACAUCGCGGCAGAACUGGACUUGACAUCGUCACCUGCGGGGGUUUGGGUUUCGAUGUGAUUCUUCUGACCCUCCAAGAUGGACGUUUAUUGGGAGUUUGCAAAAAGCCCCGCCGACUUCCUUACACAUCAGUGUGUAUCAGCAUGUGUCUUCACUCUGUCAGAUGUGCACUGCGCACAUGAAAACACACACUUGAAAAAAGGUGUCAAAAAGAGAGUAAAAAAUCAGCACUCAUGUGACUGAGGAACCAAAAACAACACACUUGGUUGUGUCACAAAGUCACUCGCCUUUUUUUUACUUUUCAUUUUCUAUCGUGGUGGCGUCCAGACCUGUAACCCAACCCCCGAAAACCUCUCUCUCAGACUGUCAGUUGUCAUGGAAACUUCUCAGGUCAGUGUUCUCCCUGCUGUUGCUCCUGCAGUGCAUUGUGGGAUCUGCGGUUUGGUACUCAAAAUGUACUCUGUCGGGCCAAACAUUGCGAGGCCUUUAGCAAAACCAACGAACCAACCAACUUCUGCUGUAUAUUGUCUGUGUGAACGCUUGCUGGGAACCUUCGCAUGCCGCCCGGCUCAGAAAACCUCAAAGUCACUUCUAUAUUGUUCUGUUCCUAAUGUUUGUAUGUAUGUGUGUGGGGGUCUGUAUGCGUGUAUUUAACGACCAUCAUCUAAUGUGGAAAAGAAAGGAAAACAAGACAAACACGAGUUCAACCACAACAAAUAUGGUGGGCAGAAGAGGCGACCUCUCAUCUCCAGUCCUUCUAUGCAAUGAAUCAUAUUUGGAAAAAACAGACACAUGAAGAGGAAAAAGGACGUGAAAAGUCACAAAAUCAUUGUUAAUCACAUUUGAGUUCUUCUAAUGCCAAGAUUCAAUUGUUUUUGCAUUCCUCAUAGAUCAAAAUAAGGAUAUUCUGUGAAUUUGUUACUAUUACUAUAGGUCACCAGUAAGUUAGGAAAUAACAAGAAAGGUCUUUGUAUUACUUAUGUUGACCUGGCAUGGUCAGGGUCCCCUCUCCUCCCCAACUGGGAGUCUCUGCCAAAGGGUCUCUCUCUAAAGAUGUGUUCAUGACAGCUGGGAAAUGGCAGUUAGAACUGACGGGAUGAGUAAGGAAAUGGCAGAGAUAAACUACUGUUUUCAGUUCAAAUACUUCAUGAUGUAGAAAUUCUUCAAAAUGCAAAUAUAGAGAAACUGUUUGCUUUCGCAACAGCAGCUUGUUUUGGGCUAACAGAGGAACUGGGCAGUUAGCAGACGCACCAAAUGAUCCCAGUUGACAUGAACAAAUCCGAACAACUGUUUUGUUUAUCUUCAAGCAGAGGUUAACUACAGAGCAUUAUUAGUUUACAGAGAAGUUGUCCAGAGAUUUAUAUAGAUAAAAAUGAAGAUUUAUAUAAAUAUAGAAUACACACAAAUAUAAAUAAUAUAUAUAAACAAAGAUUUCAAUAUAUUCCCUAAUAUGUUUGUGUCUGCUCAGGGGUGAAGAAUAAAAGCUCCUUUUUUUUUUUUUUUUUUUUUUUUAUGACCAUGGCCCAAAAUUCCUACUAGGUUCAGGCUACCUGAAUGUGCACUUAUUGUUUUGCAGAGAAAGUUGCAUUUAAAGAAUAUUUAGAUGAAACACAAAGCCAGUUCAAAUACAAAUAUAUAUAUACAUAUUACAGAUAAUAAUAUACAGUUUAUAGAUUAUAUUUGACUGUAGGCAACAAAUGAAACACUAUUCAAGGCAUUCCUAAAUUAAAUUAAGUGGUGAGAGUGAGUGUGUGUGUGUGUGUGUGUGUGUGUGUGUGUGUGUGUGUGUGUGUGUGUGUGUGUGUGUGUGUGUGUGUGUGUGUGUGUGUGUGUGUUUGAGUGUUUAAGAUGCACUGCCACGACACACUUAGAUCUAUAAGCUAUAAAUACACUGUGGAACGGACAUUUCUGUACCUCAGACACAAAGAGUUAUCUGCAAAUUUACUACCACAGUCUGCUGUGACGAGGUAAUUAUACAUAGAAGCUAUUUAUUAAAAUACAGAUUUGAAAAGAGACGGUUUAUGCAGUAUGAAAACAUCCCUUAACUCCCAACUCCUUUACUACUCCUACACUUUAUUUGAGCAUGGCCUAACAAAUCAUUAAAAGAAGUUAGUAUAUAUAUUUUUUUGUGAAACAUUUUAUGAGAUGAUUUAUCUAUGUAAGAAUUUAUUUUAUCAUAUUGAGAGGGGAUAGAAAGCUGGCUGGGAAAGAAGAAAGAAAAGAGAUUUAAGUUUGAAAUCUAUAGAGUGAGAGAUUAUGUUUAUGCAGAAGUUAUCUAUAGCUGGAUUUAUGCACAACCACAGUAAUCAGAUAAUCUUUGCCAGUGUGCUGUCAAUUGAUUAGUUGUUUUCAAACAUACUUCCAUAAUUUUCCUAUUUGCCUACUUUAUGUACAAGGUUACAGGUUGUAAUGCUUGUUCAAAUUUAAUCUGUAGAGUUAAAUUAAGUUGCUGGAUUAAGAGUCUGAUUAUUCUGGUUCUGUUUGGAUCUGGUCCUUCACAUCAGGUUCAUCUGACAAACAGCACCGAGCCCGGAGAGAUCACCUUACAGGUACACUGCCACCAGAUCAGUGACUUUACCACAGAAGCUUAAAAUUAGACAACACGUGUUAAAGUAGAACAAAUAAUAUGAGAGAGAGUUUAAAGUUACCCAAAUUAUUACCAACUUCCUCUAUUGUAUGUCUUAUGUUUUUGGAAGUUUGUAAAAAAAUAAAAUGUUCAAUAAAAUGUUCCUCAAUCACUUUUGCCUCAGGAAAGCACACACUAAAUGCAGCAUCGCAAACGAGAUGUUCAAUAGACAGUAGAAAAUAAUUGAUGGAUUUAUGCAGGCUCAAUAAAUCUGAUUUUUAACACUUUAUGACACAGAUGUGAUCUUCCCAUUGCUGCUGUUAACUAGAGGAACACAGUAUGACACAGCCAUGAAGACAUAAAUAACGGCAUCUUUGUCAAAAUUUGUAAAAAAUGUCACAUUUUUUGUUCCUGUGUGAAUACAACCACUGAAGGUGAAUUUAAAUAUGCAUAGCAGCAAGGGCUUUUAUACUACAAUACUGGUCACUGAAGAAAGCCAUCUUGUUACUGCCCUCUAGCCAAUCGUGGUCUCUGUGUAUACUCUGCAUGGUGUCUGUCUAUAUCCAGGAAGGCAGCAGACUUCAGUUCAGACCACAGCAAUCCCCAGUGGGCAAAACCACCAAGCCACAGCCUGGUUUUUCAGAGGUGUUUAAAGCACAAAAGAUCAAUCUUUGAGUUGUGUUCCAAAUCAGGACAAAGUAAUUUGAAUUGAAAUCUGCAGUGGAAUAGCUUCUUCAAGCCCCCCCAAAAAAAACCAACAACAACAAACAAACAGCAAAACUAGUUUUUAUGAGCGCAAAAUCGUCAUUUUUUUCUAACUAUUAGGAGCUGAGAUUCACACAUAUUCUUUCAAAGUAUGUUUUGGAACAAAACUCUUGUUUUUAUUAGUUUGCAAGAACACAAAGGGUCCGAUUUACAGACAUCUCAAAAGUCCAACUCGUCUUUGAAUCUUGAGUCUCAGCAAUAAGGUUGUAUUCACAGACAGUCAGAGAAUCUGAUUUUUGACCCUUUGUGGCACCGAUCUGGUAUCAGAACUAGGUAUUUUCCUGACUGUACAGCCAUGAAAAAGACAAAUGACAAACUUUGAGCGCCACAGAGAGCUGAAAAGAGUUUGAGUCGACUGUAUUUAAAUGUAUUUAAAGUUUGGAAUGCUUUUGGGAAACCCGGACUGUGUGUGUGUGUGUGUGUGUGUGUGUUCUUAACCAAAAAGGUAGCAUACAGUGCUUGUACAGUUCGUAAUGUAGUAACUGUCACCACUGCAGUCGGUCGCACAUACAGUCGGUGUAUAGCAGGACCAGAGAAAGACUUUAAAACACACAAAAAUAUAUAUAUAAAUAUAUAAAAAGUAAACGUUUCAUAGGUGAGAGGUUGUAAAAAUAGAACAAGAAUGCUGAAACAAACUAAACCAUGAGGGAAAACGUCCAUCUUUCACUGUAAAACCAUCAGGGAGCGUUUAUUCAUCUUUCACCUGUAAUGAAUCAUCGAAGUAAAACUUACAAGUGCAUGACCUGGACACCUCCCCCACCCAACCAGUCCCUUGACCUUAUGAACCUCUUCGACCUUUGACCUCCCACCUCACGGGCUGCCAUAUUUUUUCCAGUGUACAUACCAGACGUGAACCGACCAGUCCGCUUUGAACAAACAACAACAUGUAAAUGCCAUGAAGGACAUGUCCUGUACAACAUGUAAAUCUCAAACAUGCUAACACACCACUACACACACACACACACACACACACACACACACACACACACACACACAUGCACACACAGGCAUGAGAGAGGCCUUUGCACACAGCAACACAAGCUGGAGCGUAUGCAAGCCUGAACCUCCCUGCCCAAACUUGUGCUUUGUGUGUAUAAAACCAACAAAACCUACAUAACAAACAUGAGCAGUUGUUGAUUUGAAUAACAAAUGACAAAAAAUCCAUAGUGUACGUAUGUGGCCGGCUCGUGCGGACUGUUUAAAACUCAUUAAAAAGUUGUAUUCGGAUAAAAGAAAAAAUAUAAAAACAUAUUGGUCUGUGUAGAGUUUCUAUACAUGUUGUGUUUGUAAAAUGAGAUGACAUGAAAAACAAAAAAAGGGAAAAAUAUUCUGGCUUCCAUGUAAUUUUUGGGGUGGACAGAUAAUUAUUUGGGAAAGAUGGAGAUGAAAAGAGUGAAUUGGACAAUGGAAAUGUGUGAAGAAAAAAAAAAUCACAAAAUAACCCAAUUGAAUGAAGAAAAGAGGGUGAAAAUAAAAUACAGAAAAAGGUCGAGAGCCUAAAAAUGACUACAAAGUGUUCCAUUCACUGUUGUAAGUGCAAUGAGCUAAACUUCCUGUUUCCCCAUUGUAAAACCUUGUGUAUGUUUCCGUGUAUUCCUCCUGUAAAUGGGUGUAGUAGACCUGGUGCAUCAUGCCAUGUAAUGUGAUGAAUGACAAAUUAUGACCUUACAAUACAUUUCAAUCAGGAAAAAUAAAUAAAAGACAAAUACAUAAAAACAAUAAA